AUGUCACAAGAAAAUUUUAAAUUAGUUUGUUUAGGAAAUCCAUUAUUAGAUUUACAAACAAAUGUUGAAAAAUCAUAUUUAGAAAAAUAUAAUUUAAAAGAUAAUGAUGCUAUAUUAGCUGAACCAGAACAUUUACCAAUUUAUGAAGAAAUUUUAAAAAAUAAAGAUUUAAUAUUAGUUGCUGGUGGUGCUGCUCAAAAUACUGCAAGAGGUGCUCAAUAUAUUUUACCACCAAAAUCUGUUGUAUAUUUUGGAUCAGUUGGUAAUGAUGUUUAUGCAGAAAGAUUAAAUGAAGCUAAUGAAACUUAUGGAUUAACUACAAAAUAUCAAAUUCAAAAUGAUUUUCAAACAGGUAAAUGUGCUGCAUUAAUUUAUGAUCAUCAUAGAUCUUUAGUUACUGAUUUAGCUGCUGCAAAUCAUUUUAAACCUGAACAUUUAAAAAUACCAGAAAAUUGGAAACUAGUAGAAAAUGCAACUCAUUAUUAUAUUGGUGGUUUCCAUUUAACUGUUUCUCCAGAUGCAAUUAAAUUAUUAGGUAAAGAAGCUGCUUCAAAAAAUAAACCAUUAGCUUUAAAUUUUUCAGCUCCUUUUAUUGCUCAAUUUUUUAAAGAUCAAUUAGAUUCAGUAUUACCAUAUGUUGAUUAUGUUAUUGCUAAUGAAUCAGAAGCUGAAGCUUAUUCAGAAUCUCAUAAUUUAGGAACUAAAGAUUUGAAAGAAAUUGCAAAAUCAAUUGUUAAAUUACCAAAAGAAAAUACUAAAACUUCAAGAACUGUUAUUUUCACUCAUGGUACUGAACCAACUGUUUCAGUUACUACAAAUUCAAAUGGAGAAUUUGAAAUUAAUGAAUAUCCAGUUAAACCAUUAAGUAAAUCGGAAAUUGUGGAUACUAAUGGUGCAGGUGAUGCUUUUGCUGCUGGAUUUAUUGCUUCUUUAGUUGAAAAUAAAUCAUUAGAUGAAGCUAUUGAUGUUGGUCAAUGGGCUGCUUCUUUAUCUAUUCAACAAGUUGGUCCAACUUUCCCAUUUCCAAAACAAACUUACAAAAAAGAUUAG